AUGUAUACAGUUUUAAAUGUGAACCCAUUACUGAUGCCUAUUGGUCUGGACGAAAGUGUUAAAGCAUCCCAAUGCGUCUUAAAACUUUCUGCAAAAUAUUUUGUUGAAAAAAAAGCGCUUAGCGGUAGCAUCGUGAUUGUGGGAAUUAAUCCUCAAGCGUUCACCAAAAAGUUUCUCUUGCAAACCGUACACAACGGAAUAAAAUAUUCGAUAAUGGUUAAAACCCCGUAUUACCCACAUGCAAACGCUUCACACUUUCGUGAAAAGGCCAAAAAUUAUAUGAUGGUCUUAGAAAACCAACUGGAUCUGAAAAAUUAUCUUAAACUAUUGAGUAAACUACCUACUUGGAAUCCAUUUGCAAAGACUAUUGUUUUGUAUGAGAAACAAAAAAAUGAGUCGAGCGAAAACCUGGCUAAGUUGUUUAUUAACGAACUCCAUGCGAUGAAGUUGCUGAGAGUAAUUGUGCUCCUAUAUUCAGCGUUAGAUGACGAAAUUAUUUCUUACUCUUGGAAUCCAUAUAGCGAAACAAAUUGCGGUGGCAAAUGUGAAACAGUAUAUAUUUUAGACAGAUGUAAAGAUAAUCUAAUAAGUCAGAUAGAAGUUCAAAAGGAAAUGUUUCCAUUAGACUUGAGAGGAUGCCCUUUAUUAACAUAUGUCGUUAUCUCAGAGCCAUACGUGAUGCCUCCAGUGCGGAAACUAACAAGUGAAUUAUGGAACGACGCCUACGAAUUUCAAAAAGGCGUUGAGAUAAAUUUGGUGAAAAUCAUAAGCCAAUUUACGAAUAUGACACUGAUUACGCGUAUGUCGGAGAAUGAAGAAAAUUGGGGUGCCAUUUACUCGAACGGAACGGCGACGGGUGCCUUUGGUUUACUUAGAAACGAUUCAGUUGAUCUCGUUAUUGGUAAUAUUGAAGUCACGAGAACAAUUCGCAAAUGGUUUGAUCCUACAGUAAGUUACACUCAAGAUGAAAUGACUUGGUGCGUUCCUCGCGCCCGCCGAGCUGCUACGUGGGAUAACGUAGUUACAAUAUUUCAGUGGUCCACUUGGCUCGCUACAUUAAUAUGCCUAAUGAUCAUGAGUUUGCUGUUUCAUUUUAUGAACUACAAAGAAAAUGAGGGUAAAGUAUCUAAGUGGCCAACUAAUUUAAUUUUAAAAACAUUUGGCAUGCUGCUCGGUUGGAGCGUUAUGUUGGAUCCACGGUCGGCUACGUUUAGAAUUUUGAUGAUUGGCUGGCUUUGUUUCAGCUUAAACAUGGGGAUAUCUUACGAAGCUCUUUUGAGAAGUUUCCUAAUGCAUCCACGAUUUGAGAAGCAAAUUAGUAGCGAGGCGGAUCUCAUUCAAUCUGGCAUUCCUCUGGGGGGCAGAGAGAUUUACCGUUCCUAUUUUGAGACUAAUAACGCGAGCUCGUUUUAUUUGUAUCACAAAUAUAACUCGACAUCGUUCUCGGAGGGGGUACGGCAGGCAGCUUACGAAAGGAAUUUUGCGGUGGUUUCUUCGCGAAGACAAGCUAUGUAUAAGGAUCACAUUUUAGGGAGAGGAGAGUCAUUGAUUUACUGUUUUGCUGAAAGCGAUAACCUUUAUAAGUACGGUGUUGCACUUUUAGCUCGGAAUUGGUAUCCUUUGUUGGACCGAUUCAAUAAUAUAAUACGAAGUGUUUCUGAGAAUGGCUUGAUAGAAAAAUGGAGCGAAGAGUUGUUUAACCGUCCGAAAGGCGCUGAAAGGACCAGUAUUGUACCGCUGGGUAUGCAACAUUUACUUGGAGCUUUCUUGCUACUAGGAGUGCUAGAUCUAAUUUGCAUCAUUGUGUUUAUUGGAGAAUUAGUAUAUUCUUGUACGCAGAAGAGAACGUUUUCAUUGUACUCUGAUUACAAAAAAUGGUAA